UCUUGCGGAGGGAGCUCUCUGGGCUCUCUGUCCUGGGACCCCAGAUGGUACUGCGUCUCCCGUCCCCACACUGGGAUCUCCAUCCCGUCUCUCAGCUCAUUACCGAGACCCCCAUCCCAGCACCAAGACCCUCUAUCCCAGCCUGGUACGGAGAUCCCCAUCCUACCCGUCAGGCUAGUGCCGGGACUUCCAUCCCAGCCUGGUUUUGUGGGGAGUGCCUGCAGCCCUGCCUCCAAGUGCCGUCCCCACUCUGCCCGCUCUGCCGCAUGCCCUUUGAUCCCAAGAAGGUGGAGAAGGCUUCCAGUGUGGAGAAACAGCUCUCAUCCUACAAGGCUCCCUGCAGAGGCUGCAGCAAGAAGGUGACCCUGGCAAAAAUGCGGUCUCAUGUCUCAUCCUGUGCAAAGGUGCAGGAGCAGAUGGCCAACUGCCCCAAGUUUGUGCCAGUUGUCCCCACGUCCCAGCCUAUCCCCAGCAACAUUCCCAACCGCUCGACGUUCGUCUGCCCGUACUGCGGGGCCCGGAACCUGGACCAGCAGGAGCUGGUGAAGCACUGCAUGGAGAACCACCGCAACGACCCCAACAAAGUGGUGUGCCCUGUCUGCUCAGCCAUGCCCUGGGGGGACCCCAGCUACAAAAGUGCCAACUUUCUCCAACACCUCCUCCACAGGCACAAGUUCUCCUAUGACACCUUUGUGGACUAUAACAUCGAUGAGGAGGCAGCGUUGCAGGCUGCCCUGGCACUGUCUCUCUCCGAGAACUGAGGCUGACCACGGAGCUUCGCUUCGGACCCACUCACCGCCCUGAUUCCUUUUGCACACUCAGCCUUCCUGCCAGGGAGGCACGGACCUCAUCAACCCCCCCUGAGACCCGCUGCUGCCUCUCCUCCCUCUCCUCUUUGGCCAAAUUCCACCUUGUUGAAGAAGGUGGAGUCUCCUCAGCGUCGUGCUGGACUGGUGAGAGCAGAGCCAUCCACCUGCUGCUGGGAGGAGCGAGGAAUCCGCGCUGAAGGGAGGACCACUCCUCAGUUAAGGUCUCCUCUCCGUGUUUGGGUUGGCUACCUGUACCCAGAUCUAUUUAUUAGGAGAUGCUUUUUGGCACCAUUUGUCUUCACACUCUCUGUUGCAGCUGAGCAGGUACUUAAACCUCUGAUGCGUUUCAGGGCAGAAUGCCCUGAUUUGACCUGAAGUCAUUCACCUCCUCCCCCUUGAAAGGGAAGGAAACAGCAUGGAGCAUCUUGGUGGUUUUUUGUUUUGUUUUGUUUUGUUUUUCUUUUAGACUACAAAGCUAUUUCCAGAGACAUCAGAAGGCAGGAGCUGCCUCUUUGCCUGCUGCUGCCUGGGCUGGGUUGAAGCCCCGGGGCAAAAUGAUUGCCCUCACAUGCAGCGGGUUUGGAGUGUUCUGUUGGAAUGGCAUCCAGUGAAACUCAACUUCCUCCUUUUGUACCAGCUCUUGUGAUACUGAGCUCUUGCUUUUUAUUUUCUACAUGUACUCAGUGUGAUGCCUUUUUCCACCUUUUAUAGAGCAAGGACAGAAGCUGUUACUCUUCACGCUGCAAUAUCCGUCACGGGGGACAGUAUUUUUAUGGAACAUUAUUAAGAAAAGUCUAUUUUUUAAAGCAAAACCCAACCAACCCAACAUGGCUGCGGCUCUGAGAUCUGCUGGGAGGCAGGGCCCAGGCCCUGGGCUGGCAGGUGCGACCAUGGGAAGCACAUGGAUCCUCUUUGGUUGUUUCUGGGCUGUCCUCUCCUUUUGUUGCUGUGUUUCUUCCUGGGCAGGUGGUGAUGGAGGAGAAGCUGGGUCACAGCAGCACCUGGUGGGCUGGAGGAGCAGGUGCUGAGCUGCCUUUUUGAGGAGCAGCAGCAACAUUUGUGUCGUGCCCACUAACCUUUGGGGUGCAUUCUACCUACUUAACCCUCUGAGAUGUAUUCUUGGGGUCACUAACCCUCUCUGGGGCAUGUUCUCCUGCCCACUGACCCUCUUUGGGGUGCCUUCUGCCCACUGAUCCUCUCUGAGGCCCAUUUCCUGCCCACUAACCCUCUUUGGGGUGCCUUCUGCCCACUAACCCUCUCUGAGGCACAUUUCCUGCCCACUAACACGUGGUUGAGCUCUUGAUGGCUUAAUCUUGCAGGCAGAGCUCCGUGGCAGUGCUGGAUGUGGCCUUGGGCUGGGUGUAAUCCAGAGUGGUGAUUUUCCAGAUGGUUUUCUCCAGUAAUCCGGAGCAGGCAGAACUAGAACUUUUAACCAGACCUACUGUUUUUUGAAGAAGAAGUAAAAGAAGAAGAAACCCGACGACCUUCUUUGUAGCAAAGCAUUUUUCUCAAUA